AUGAAUUUAUUGAGUACAGUCGUGCACAAAGCGCUCGAACGGGCUCGUGGAGUCGCAAAGCUGGCGGAGUGGGGCGUCGCUAAACAAAAACACGUAUACAAGGAGCGGGCGAGCGGUGAUUGGCUGGCGGCGUGCGCCGGGUGGUGCUGGGCCGCCGCCCGCCGACUGCCGCUCACUCGCGCCCGGACCGCCGCCGCGAUCAUGUGUAGCGGAGCCGACGGACCUUCCUGGCCGCUCGCCAAAGACGCGCCCGCUGUCACCGCCGCCGCGAUAGAUCACUACCGUCUCCAACUGUACAACUAUGCUGUGGCUGAACGACUGCGCCUAUACCCGCCAGCCGUCGGCCACUGCUAUGGACCGUACGCGCCUCGUCUCGCCCUCUCAAUGUCACUGCUCCAGCAUCGCGUUCUUCAACCCGAAGAACCCAAACCACAGCACAGCUACAUUGGUCUCAUAGCCAUGGCGAUACUCAGCUCGCCGGAAAGAAAACUAGUGUUAUCCGACAUAUAUCAACAUAUAUUAGAUAACUACCCGUACUUCAGAACGCGCGGGCCUGGCUGGAGGAAUUCUAUUCGCCAUAAUUUAUCGCUAAACGAUUGCUUUGUCAAAGCGGGGCGAUCGGCGAAUGGAAAGGGCCACUACUGGGCAAUUCACCCGGCUAAUAUUGAGGACUUUCGGAAGGGUGAUUUUAGGAGACGUAAGGCACAACGAAAAGUACGGAAACAUAUGGGAUUGGCUGUGGAUGAUGAUGGCGAGGAUUCAUCAUCACCGCCGCCGCAGUCACCACCACCGACUACUUUGCCGUUGCCUUUUUGGAGUGGCCGCGUUCCUGCGAACACUCAGACAAGGAAGAGACAGUUUGAUGUAGCGUCCUUGCUCGCUCCUGACGAGAUGCCGGAGAAACGUGAGCGCAGGGACAGUAGUGGAGAGGAGGAAGUAGAAGAGGACAUAGACGUGGUGACCAGUGACCAGGAGGAGGUACGGUCGACAGAGGAGGAGGCGCGCGUGCCGCUGACGCCGGCGGCACACUAUCCGCUGCUGGGCGGGUGGUGGCCGGCUAUCAACCCUGCUCUCCUGCAACAACUCCGCAGACACGCUGUGACGCCUCACUCGCCCGCUCCUCCAAGCCCUCCAGAACAACAACGCCCACCGGACACU